ACUGUUGUGUUUGUCUGCUGUCUGGGUAGUUGGGUUUUUAAAUAAACCCGUGUAUUGUAAUGUAAGUUAUAAAAACCCAAAAAAUCAAUAAACUACAUUACGUAUAGUGCAAUAAAAAAACAGAGUGUUUAUGCCUAACUAGUGAAUUUUAGACAUUUCAAGUAAGCAGCUAUCUUGGGACAGGAUGCAUAGUGGACAUUUUUGAAAAAAAAUUCCCGGUGAUUGAAGAAAAAAAAAUCAAAGCAGUAAAUCAACUGGAAAAAAAAUUUAAUUGUUAAAAAUAACAUAAAAAGGAACAAAAAUGUUGGUCCUUGAGAAAUUAAUGUUUCUUCCAGUUUUUAUUCUCUUCAUCAACCUAUUUGUCUCUGGCUUGAUAAUUAAUGUGAUUCAACUUCUCCUAUGGAUGUGUGUACGACCUGGGAGUCCAUGGUUAUACCAAAAACUCAACUACUAUUUGCUUUACGUUCUGUGGACUCAAAUUGUUUUUAUUGGUGAAUGGUGGUCAUCUUCAACAUGCGCAGUAUUAACAGAUGAUGACACUUGGUCUAAAAUGGGCAAAGAGCAUGCAAUUGUAAUUAUGAAUCAUUCAUUUGAGGUUGAUUGGCUCAUGGGAUGGAUGGUUUGUGAACAAUCUAGGUUGUUAGCGAGCUCAAAAGUCUUCAUUAAAAAAUCUAUUAAAUGGAUCCCUAUCAUUGGUUGGGCAUGGCAGUUUGGUGAAGCAGUCUUCUUAGAGCGAAACUGGGAAAAAGAUAAAGUAAUCAUGGGAAAACAAGUAAAAAAUCUGGGAGACUACGCCGAUCCUGUUUGGCUGCUACUUUUCGCGGAAGGAACCAGAUUCACGCCCGCCAAACAUGCCGCAUCCGUCGAGUUUGCAAACAAGUCAGGUUUACAACCCUUACAGCACCUGCUUUUACCAAGAACGAAAGGUUUUCUUCUGACGGUGGAACAUUUGAGAGGACGUUUUCCUGCCAUAUACUGCGCGACGCUGGCGUUCAAUUGCAAAGAAGGCGCUACACCUACUCUGAAAAAUAUGUUACUUGGACGCCGGGUAAUAGGCGAAAUGUUACUUGAACGGAUUCCGUUAGAAGAAAUCCCGGAAAACCCACAAGAGGCUUCCAAAUGGCUCUAUGACAACUACCAUCACAAGGAUCGAAUGUUGGAUGCGUACAAGAGAGAAGGGACGUUUCCUUCGGCUGAUUCCUUCGGGAAAAAUCAUCACUUUCAAGGACCAAUUCGAAGUCAUUACCGUCCAAGACGACUGUGGUCUGUAUUCAUCAUGUUGGCUACGUCGUACAUCACUCUGCCUCCUGUGCUGUAUGCCCUCUAUGCUCUUUUCUGCUCCGGAAUAGUCAACGUCGUGAUUGCCGUAUCUCUUGUUCUUGCAGUGGGGUAUGCGUUAUACAAAUUGGUAGCGCUUACUCGAGUCAGCAAAGGAUCGUCUUACGGCCGCUCCUCGCCUGAAAAAAAAUUGUCUUAGUCUGGAGACUACGCGUACAGCUUCUCGACGAUAGACGACGCAUUUAGAAUUGUCCCAGGAAUGCUUUUCGAUGCUGCAUUGUGUUGUGCUCCUGUUAGUGAUGCGGAUGCAAACAUGGCCAGCCCAUAUGGCAUGACUACCUCCAUUUUGUUUCAUGCCAUCGUCAGGGUAAAAAACGAUGUAUUAGUAAGGGAAGAUUUCCGGCUUAUAGCUAUUUUUAUUGUUCUUACCUGCAAAGAAUCAUAUAGUGUACAUUUUUAUUUCGUCCUUUUUAUAACGAAAAAGGGGAGGGGUAAAUGCUUACACGAUGAUAAAUCACAGGCGAGUGAGACUCUAAGAAAUAGCUGUAAAAAAGAAAAGCUUCCUGUCAAAGCUAUGGUCAAAGUAACUUAAACUUUUAGACUUAUAUUUUUUUUUAAUUGAUAGAAAUUCCCAGUGCAAAAUCACCCAAUUUUUAGUGGGGAACGCAAGUAAACCAAAGAUAGACAUCCUUUUCAUAUUUCGGUGCAAAUGAGACAUUAAGUUAGUAAUAAUUCGAGAAGUGUUGACAUUAUUGCGUUACUACUCUCGUAGCCGUACAUCAAAAUACUUGUUUUGUAAAUUCGUUAAAUAGUCAGUACCAUUAAAUCAUAUUUUUAUAGUCUUGCCGUCACCCGAUUUAGUUGUAUUCCCAGUCAAUUUUCUUAAUCUUAAGAAAAUUCAUUCGUUCUAUCUAGGUCCCAAUUGAAAAGAUCGCCUUGAUCUCAAGUCCUCCUUCAUUGCAUAGUCAAUAACACUUGGAACAGUCUAGAUAAUUUUUGUGUACCAAAUUUGCUAUUGUUCGACUAUUUCAAACCUGGUUCUUCUUUACACAUUUUUCACCAUAAUUUUAUGCUUCUACACUAGAAUUUUUCUUAUAAAAGCAAAUAAGUACUACAUUAGAAUUUUCUCAUAGCAGCAAAUAAAUAAAGAAUUGCUAUUCUA